UCCCUCGCCACGGCUGCUCGCUGUUGCCCGUCGGACCUUCCUCGUGACUCCUGUUCCUCGAGUGGGAGCCGUGUCUUGGCAGACGAGUGAGUGAGCGCAACAUGUUCUCCGUCUGGAAACUCAUCCUGAUCCUCGUGUGCCUAGGAAGUGACAGGGGUCGGGCUGACAUCAUCAAGACCCGUCCCCAGGUGGAAGCCCACGUGGGUGACACUGUCAUGCUGGAAUGUGUCUUCCAAAGCACGGGGAAGAAACAUUUGUCCAAAGUGGAUUGGAAUUUCAUUCCUACAGAUUCAGAGCAGGAAGAAGUGAUCCUUUAUUACUACAACAACCUCAGCGUGCCCGUGGGACGCUUCCAAAACCGCACGCAUCUGACGGGCAGCAUUGCGGAGUGCAACGCCUCCAUCGUGCUCCGGGACAUCGGGAAGGCCGACCACGGGACCUAUACCUGCGAGCUCCAUCUAAUCAAUGACAGCCGUGUUUUCAAGAACAGGACGCUUCUGCGAGUGAUCCCGGCUGAGAGCCGGAGAGCAGUCUUCCCAUUAGGGCACACUUCCACUGUGGCUUCCCAAACCCCAGUGACCUCACAAGCCUUGAGCUCCAAGACGCUGAUCAGUUACCAGCUCGUGAUCAUCGUGGGGAUCGUCUGCGUCACCGUUGUGCUGCUGGCCCUGCUGUGGGUGGGUACGAGGGGGACUCAGCGCUGUGGAAGCUCAGCAAAGCGAGCCACCCCGAUGAAAAAUUUGGAGAACACAAGCAAGGAGAACCUGGAGAAAAACAUCUACUCCCUGGUCCCCACCUUGGAGGUGCCCGUUGAAGAGGUCGAACUCAAGACAAUGACAGAGGCCGCCUAUAUGACAAUGGAAGAGGAGGAGGAGGACGUGACCUGGAUGCUGACCGUGGAAGGGAGUAGCCUCCCCUCCUCUCCCUUCUUCCACCCCUCCAUCCCCACCUCUCCAGGAACUGCCCCUGUGAUGUCCAAACCCCUGCAGCUGCCACUCCUGCUCCCCUCGGCCAACUCCCCAGUUAAGGGGGGGCUGCUGGUCGGGGAUCUGGAGAAGCCAGCGGUGUGGGGGUCUAGCUUGAGUCUACCAGGGAUAAUGGGCAGGAUCGAGGCCAGGCUCCGGAAGGAGGCCGAAGUCCCGAAGAUGGAAGGGUUGCAAGACUUUUUGGUGCCCUACCACCUCAUCUGCUGA